AUGGCGCCACCACAGCUCAAAGACCCGUCUCUGUUCAAGCAGAACGUCUGCUACGUCAAUGGCGAAUGGGUAGCCGCCAAGUCGGGCAAGACCUUCAAGGUCCAUGACCCCUCGACAGGCGAUCUCGUCGGCACAGCCCCCGAAUUCACAUCCCAAGACACCGAGUCAGCGAUCCGCGCCGCUGCCGACGCCUUCCCCUCCUUCCGCACACAGACCGGCCGCCAGCGCUCCAAGCUCCUGCGCGCCUGGUACGACCUCAUGGUCGCCAACUCGGAGGACAUUGCCAAGCUCAUCACCUGGGAGAAUGGCAAGCCCCUCGCCGACGCAAAGGGCGAGGCCACCUACGCCGCCAACUUCUUCGAGUGGUUCAGCGAGGAGGCCCCGCGCAUCUACGGCGACACCAUCAACAGCUCCGUCCCCGCCAACCGCAUCGUCACCUACAAGGAGCCCAUUGGCGUCUGCGGCCUCAUCACGCCGUGGAACUUCCCCGCCGCCAUGAUCACCCGCAAGGUGGCGCCCGCCCUGGCCGCCGGCUGCACCGUGGUCUGCAAGGCACCGGGCGAGACGCCCUUCACCGCGCUGGCGCUGGCCGAGCUGGCGCACCGGGCCGGCAUCCCCAAGGGCGUCGUCAACGUCGUCACGGCGCUCGACAACACGCCCGAGGUCGGCGAGACGCUCACCACGUCCGACACGGUCCGCAAGGUCUCCUUCACCGGCUCCACCAACGUGGGCAAGCUCCUGAUGAAGCAGUCCUCGGGCUCGCUCAAGAAGCUGUCCAUGGAGCUCGGCGGCAACGCCCCCCUGAUUGUGUUUGACGAUGCCGACCUCGAGACCGCCGUCACGGGCGCCAUUGCCUCCAAGUUCCGCUCCUCGGGGCAGACCUGCGUCUGCGCCAACAGGAUCUACGUCCAGUCCGGCAUCUACGACCAGUUUGUCCAAAAGUUCACCGAAAAGGUCAAGGGCUUCAAGGUCGGCAACGGCUUUGACGAGAACAACACCCACGGGCCCCUCAUCCACGGGCGCGCCGUCUCCAAGGUCGACCAGCACGUGCGCGACGCGGAGAAGAAGGGCGGCAAGGUGCUCGUCGGCGGACAGAAGAUGCCCGACCUCGGCGACAACUUCUUCCAGCCCACCGUCAUCCGCGACAUGACGGGCGACAUGGCCAUUGCGAGCGAGGAGACGUUUGGCCCCGUCGCGGGCCUCUUCCCGUUCCGGACCGAGGAGGAGGUGAUCAAGCUGGCGAACCAGACCGAGGUCGGCCUGGCGGGCUACUUUUUUGCGCAGAACAUGGAGCGCGUGUACCGCGUGGCGGAGGCGCUGGACGUGGGCAUGGUCGGCGUGAACACGGGCAUCAUCUCCGACCCAGCGUCGCCGUUUGGCGGCGUGAAGCACAGCGGAUUCGGCAGGGAGGGGUCAAAGUACGGUAUCGAGGAGUACCAGGUGGUGAAGACGUUUACGUUUGGCGGCAUGGGCAAGCCGCUGCAGUCGUGA